AUGCAUUCUCUUCUGUGUUCUCCUCUCUCAUCUCAUCUCUCCCUCUCUCUCUCUCUCUUUCUCUCUUUCUCUUUCCCUCUCUCUCUCUGCUUAGUAAGGUGCAAAAAAAAAUCAACUUCAGACAUUUCGGAUUCUUCCACUUUCUUUUCCCCAUCCCUCUCAUCCAGACUUUAUUUUAUACUCUUAUGCUUCUUUGAAAUAUUUUACAAAGGCAGCGAUCAACUGAUUUCCUGGGGCCCGACUCUAAAUUUUACUAUCUUCCACCCCCCAACUCCGCAGCUGCACGAUCUAUGCGUGUCACAGAUUUGUUACUCUCGACAGCCGGUUGUGUCACUCCCACGGUUUUUAAUGUCCAUGGUGACAUCAUUUAGCCCCAAUUUUCGUAAUGAUCUUCCUUUACCCUCUCUACUCUCUCUCUCUCUCUCUACUCUAUCUCUUAUUAUUCUGUUCUUCUCUUUUCCUUCCCUCUUUCCCUUCUCAUAUUUCUUAUACCAACUAUUCCUUCUUUUGCUUUUUUUUUCUGUUUUUUUUUCUCUCUUUGUCCUCUUUUUUCUCUGUGUCUUUUCUUUGUUUCUUUUUUUUUCUUUUUGUUCUAUUUUCUUUGUCUUCUUUUUUCUUUUUCGUCUUUGUCUUCUUUUUUCUUUUUCGUCUUUGUCUUCUUUUUUUCUUUUUCGUCUUUGUCUUCUUUUUUUCUUUUUCGUCUUUGUCUUCUUUUUUUCUUUGUCGUCUUUGUCUUCUUUUUUUUCUUUUUCGUCUUUGUCUUCUUUUUUCUUUUUCGUCUUUGUCUUCUUUUUUCUUUUUCGUCUUUGUCUUUUUUUGUCGUCUUUUUUUUUCUUUUUCGUCUUUGUCUUCUUUUUUUUCUUUUUCGUCUUUGUCUUCUUUUUCGUCUUUGUCUUCUUUUUUUUCUUUUUCGUCUUUGUCUUCUUUUUUUCUUUUUUCGUCUUUGUCUUCUUUUUUUUCUUUUUCGUCUUUGUCUUCUUUUUUUUCUUUUUCGUCUUUGUCUUCUUUUUUUUCUUUUUCGUCUUUGUCUUCUUUUUUUUCUUUUUCGUCUUUGUCUUCUUUUUUUUCUUUUUCGUCUUUGUCGUCUUUUUUCUCUGUGUCUUUUUGUUUCUUUUUUUUCUUUUUGUUCUAUUUUCUUUGUCUUCUUUUUUCUUUGUCGUCUUUGUCUUCUUUUUUUCUUUGUCGUCUUUGUCUUCUUUUUUUUCUUUGUCGUCUUUGUCUUUCUUUUUUUCUUUGUCGUCUUUGUCUUUUUUCUUUUUUUUCUUUGUCGUCUUUGUGUUCUUUUUUUGUCGUCUUCUUUUUUUUCUUUUUCGUCUUUGUCUUCUUUUUUUUCUUUUUCGUCUUUGUCUUCUUUUUUUUCUUUUUCGUCAUUUCUUUGUCUUUCUUUGUUUUUCUUUGUCUUUCCUCCUCCUUUUAUUUUUCUUCUUUCACUUUUUCCUUUUCCCCCACAAUUAA